CGAUAUCAAAAUGAAUUAUCUUCAAGUAUAGAUCGAAUCAAUCGAUUAUCAUAUAUAAUAUUAUAUCGCGUUAUUUUUUUUAUCAAUAUUCGACUGAUAAUUAUGUAUUCAUAUGAAAUUUUAAAUUUCGACGUUUAUUACUUCAUGUGAUAAUCCACUGAUAACAACAAUUCCUCUUAAAUGGCUUUUUCACCAUCAGAAUUAAUCUUAAUAGUCACACUUCAAAUUAAUAAUUCUUGUUUAUCUUUGGUUUAUUUCUAAUGAAUCGAACUCGUUUACUCGUGAGGUUUUCUUUGAAUUUAUUUUCUGAUUGAAUUAUUUUUUUUUUUUUUGACAAAGAUUCAUGCUCAAUAAGCAUCACAAAUAGAAACAAAUUUUUCGAAUAGCCUAGGAAAUGGAGGAAAGUUUCUUAAUAAAAAUGUAAAAUUCCCGAAAUGUAUAACCAACCUUUCAGCUGAUUUAUUUAUUGGAUUUAAUAACUAUUGUCGUGAAUUUUGUCGUCAAUUUUGAGAAUUAUAAUUAUAUUCUUGUUGAUUUAAUAAUAUUUGCUCCUAAUGAAAUUGCAAAUUGCUGCAAAUAAAUAAACAGGUGUAAAUUAUGAAGGUCCUGAAAUAAAGAAGAAGAAAACUUCUAUGAGAUGAAUCUCGAAAAAUGUGGUAUAUAAAGAGCCUCAGAAUUAGAGGUAGACUCAUUAUUUUUCACUCAUUCCGUAUUGCAGUGUAUCCCUCAGUCAGAUUAUUUUGUGUUUGUUCGUGCAAGUUGAAAUACUUAAAAUAACACUUUUUUAUCAUGGCUCAAUUUAAAAAUCGUACUUUAAGCGAUAGUGAUGACAGCGAUAUGGAUAAUGAUCCACCAAGGCUGACCCAACCAAUUGUUUGCAAGGCAUUUCCAGCCUUGCAAACAAAUACACCUAACCUUUCGGAAUCAAGUAGCUCAGACAGUGAAUCAAGUAGUAGCAGCAGUUCAAGUAGUGAUUCAGAAGAGGAAGCUGCUACCGAACAGGAAACUGCUACCGAAAAGGAAAAGAAUACCAUUGAUUCAGUGCCUGAAAAAACCCAACAGAAAAGUCCUGAAGGUUCAAAGUCAGAAUCGAGCAGCAGUUCAAGUAGUAGCAGCAGUUCAAGUAGUGAUUCAGAAGAGGAAGCUGCUACCGAACAGGAAGCUGCUACCGAACAGGAAACUGCUACCGAACAGGAAAAGAGUACCAUUGAUUCAGUGCCUGAAAAAACCCAACAGAAAAGUCCUGAAGGUUCAAAGUCAGAAUCGAGCAGCAGUUCAGAAUCGAGCAGUAGUUCGGAAUCUGGCAGUAGCUCGGAAUCUGACAGUAGUUCAGAAAGCAGUUCGGAUAGUGAAUCGGAGGAUGAAACUGAAACAAAACACCAAGAAACGCGUCCUACUAACCAGAAUCAAGAGGUGGAAGCUAGCAAUAACUCGGAAGAGAAAGCUAGCUGCCACCCAGAGGCUAGUAGAGAUUCUGGCGGUGAUUCCGGGGACGAGGCAAGCUCUGAAUCGGAAAGCGAUGCAGAAGAUGAUGCUCAUAAUCAUUCAAACGUGAAAACUAGCCCUUCUGCUGAAAUCCAAGAGGAGCAAGCUAGCUGCAGCAUCGGAACUAGCUCCGAUUCAGAAAGAAGAGCCAACUGCGUUCCUAGAAAUCGUUCAGAUGGUGAAUGUUCAUCUGAAGAGGAAUUUAACGAUGGAUAUGACGACGAAUUGCUGCGGGACGAGAGAGAUAAGGCUCAUUUAGCCAGUCUGACAGAACGAGAGAGGGAAACCGAGUUGUUCAGACGGGCAGAGAGCAGAUGA